AUGUCAUAUUCGAGGAUAGCCUGUCUGAGCACACCUAGUGUGUACCAGAAGCUGAAGCAGCGGCUGGUGGAGGGCUCUGACCGUACAUCGGCUGUGGUUCUAGAGUAUGACCAUACAUUCGACACCUACGGCCAAGAGUUCAUCUUCUAUGACUACAACGAGCCCCUCGCGCUCCCAGAGGACGUGGCCCCACAGAGUUUUGACAUCAUCCUAGCUGACCCUCCCUACCUGUCAGAGGAUUGCCUCACCAAGGUCGCCCAGACUGUCAAGUACCUGGCCAAGGGCAAGGAACCAUCAUGGAGAAGCAUGCAGACAAACUUAUGGGUCUGA